CAAGCAACUGAUGCCUUUACAUCACUUUGUUUAUCAUUAGCAGUAGCUGAUCAGUAAAUAUGAAGUAUUUUACUUUCCUUGCUGUCUUAUCUCUACUGCAUCUUCUGAUAGCUGCUCAAGAGUGUCCUCUACCAAGCAUAACUCAGAUAGAGUCUGUAUUGCCUCCUUUACUAGUCGUUUCUGAUGGUAACCAGGUGUACUCUCCUAAUGUAACUGAAGGAUCAGUUCAAUAUGUCUGUCAAGCUCAAGGAAGCAUGAUUGAUACUUAUCAAGCCAUAGCUCUUAUAGCUACAUUCACUCCUAACCCAGGAGAACCUGAACAAACCAGCAUAUUUGAUAUUGAGUGUAACAGUGGUACAUGGAGUGGAAGGACUGGUAGUUUAGAUCCUCCUCCUCCCAGUGUUGUUGGUGCUCCUACAAGAACUGAUUGUUAUCGGUGUAGGGAAGGUUUUGGUGGUGAUACUAGAUGUAGAGCAUGUGACUCUGCUUGUAAUUCUGGACUGAUGAGGUGUACUGGAUCAGGCUCUGGUGUUUGUUGUUUAUCAUUUACUUCCACUGGUCAGUGUAGUGAUACUGUUUCCUGUUCAUCCUCUGGUAUAAAUUUCAUUGCCAAUGAAGAUAACAAUUACUUUUGCAGUUGCAUUGAAGGAUACACAGGAAGUGAUUGCUUAACUAAUAUCAAUGACUGUGAUCCUAACCCUUGUGACAAUCAAAAUGCAUACUGCAUAGAUGAAGUUGCAAGUUAUACUUGUGUCUGCUUAGAUGGUUACACUGGGGUGAACUGUUCAAUCAACAUAGAUGAUUGUAGUCCUAAUCCUUGUAAAAAUGGUGGCGCCUGUAAUGAUCAAGUAGCUGACUACACUUGCAAUUGUGUAGAAGGCUACACUGGAAAGAACUGCUCUAACAUAGAUGAUUGCAGUCCUGAUCCUUGUAAAUAUGGAGCUACCUGUGAUGAUCAAGUAGCUGAUUAUAAUUGUCAUUGUGUAAAAGGCUACACUGGAAAAAACUGCUCCAUUGACAUAGAUGAUUGCAGUCCUAAUCUUUGUCAAAAUGGAGCUACCUGUCAUGAUCAAGUAGCUGAUUAUAGUUGUCAUUGUGUAGAAGGCUACACUGGAAAGAACUGCUCCAUUAACAUAGAUGAUUGCAGUCCUGAUCCUUGUAAAAAUGGAGCUACCUGUAAUGAUCAAGUAGCUGAUUAUCAAUGUGAGUGUCGAAGUGGAUUUAGAGGCAAGAAUUGUUCCGAGAAUAUUAAUGAUUGUGCUCCAGAUCCUUGUGUUAAAGGUACAUGUGUUGAUGAAAUAAAUGAUUACACUUGUAUAUGCGAAAGUGGAUAUUAUGGUAAGAACUGUUCCCUCACUAUCACACCCUCUCCCUCUCCAACACAAUGCACAUUAAGUGGAUGUGAGAACUGUGAUGCUGUUAGAGAGGGAUGCUGUAGAAUCUGUUCAGCUGGUUACAUUUUGAAUGAUAACUGCUUAUGUGUUGGAAGGAAUUUUCAGGAAAAUUCUCAAUUUCCAAGCUGGGCAAUUUCUAUCACUGUAAUAAUUCCUAUUGUUAUUGUUAUUGCCUUGGCAGUUUUACUUAUUGUUCUUUACAUUGGAAAAGGAAAUGAACUGUGUGCUCCUGGAUCUAAAGAAGAAAAAGAAGUGAUGUAAAAAAAAAGAUCAAUAAUGUAAUUUGAUUGUACUGGAUAGACUUAAUCAUUGUGUUUAGUGUUGUGAUGUUUACUUCGUACUAAUAAUUAUUGAUUAAUUAAUUUUUAUUCUGUAUGUGGUUGAUUAAUUUUAUUCUGUAUGUGGGCGUGUCUUAUUACACGCUCCGCUCCGCUGCUGUAUAUUUCCUAAAGUACCUGAUGAUGUUUGGUCU